ACAAGAGGGUAUCAUUCCCUUUCCGCCACAGCAUGCUAUACUUAGUCUAAAAAAAGGAUCAAAAUCCACAGCAUGCGCAAACUGACAAGAAUUACAAAGAGUAAGACCGACGGCCAUUGAAGGAACCAGCUUCUCUAUAUAUAAGAAAACCAACCUUAACUUCCACAAACACAAACUCAUCAUCAUUCUCUUGCCACCCCAGUAUUCCAGCUUCUACGUGUAUAUAAAUAAUUUCUGCAUAGAGUUGAAGACAUUUCUUGUGUAUAUAUAUAGAAAUAGUUUAAGAGUAAGAAAAUGGAGUUUGUGAAGAAGUGGAAGAGAGUACUGGGAAGAAGCAAGAGAUUGUAUCCGGAGAACAGCUUAAGUGGAAGCUAUGGCAGAUUGAGAAACAAAGAAAGGCAACAUAGGAAGAAGGGUUGUGUGGUUCCACAAGGUUGUCUUUGUGUCUACGUUGGAGCUGAGAGAGAGAGAUUUGUGAUCAAGAUCGAGAUAGCGAACCACCCUUUGUUCAAAGAGCUUUUGGAUGGUGCUGAGAGAGAAUAUGGGUAUAGAAACGAUGGUCCUUUGUGCCUCCCUUGCCACGUUGACUUGUUCUGUGAGGCACUGACGGAGAUGGAAAUCGGCACCGCCGAAGAAGGUGUUUUGGGUUCUCAUAGUUACAGUCACAACUCAUGUUCAGUUUCUAAUCCCAGAUGUAGAUAUGCGACAGGGUCUUCGUUAUUAUGA